AUGCUAGAACAUGAGAAAAACAAAGUCCCAGAAAGUGGUCUUUUUUUCUGUAAUUUACAGCUAGUAGUGCCAUCAAGUGGCCAUGGCCAGAAAUGCAACCCUCUGUACUGUAAUGUAAGUUAUGUAACUCUCCUGUAAAAUGUGUAAGAUUAAGGCCAACUCUCCCAGACCCCCACCUUAUCCCUUUCAAUGUCUGUGCUGUUCUUUAGUCGGCCAUAAACCAUUCAAGCCACCGACUCCUCCUGUCAUUGGUAAAGUGAGUCACCAUAGCAUUGACCUGAGCUGGGAGACGGAGGAGAAUGAACCACGGACGGGCUCACCAGAGAAAUGGACCCGCUUCUCUGUGGAAGAGAUGGACCACAAAUCACACACGUAUGGGACUAUCUAUGUGUGAGUAUACGCUAUUCAUAGACUACAACCUAUAGGCCUGAAUAAUAUCUGGAAACCUGCUUAAUUCUAAUUGACAUAAUCUAAGAGUAGGCUAACUGUGCUUUUGGGUCACCACCAGUGGGUAUAGCAGUCACCACACUGUAGAAUGUUUGGAGCCCAGCACAUCCUAUAAGUACAGACUGAGAAUCACAAGACCAACUGGGGAGUCCCUCUACAGCCCGGCUGUGUCUGUCUCUACCACACGUGAGUAUACUGUACACAGCACUCUUUCAGUUGACAUAUCUGCUUUAUCAAAAUGACACUUAUAUAAUGUCAUCCAGGUGAGCCUAUGAGUGGGAAGAACCUCCAUCGUGCUGUCAACAUGAAUGAUGAGGAGGACAUGACCAGAGUGUUGGAGUCUGGGUGAGCAAUGAGCAGAUGGACUAUAGGAAAUCAUUUUGAGGUACUCUUAUGGUGAAUGUCAUGCUUUAUUUCUCUCCAGGACAGUCAGUGCAAACGUCAAUGACAAACACGGUUUCACUCCUCUCAUGGUGGCUGCACAGAAAGGCUUUGCCAGGUAAAACCUUACAGGAUGAGUCUUGCUCACCAAGGUCUCCUAAUAAUGGAAUAAUGUCACCAUUAUGCUUGAAACCUUUUCUAUGAACUUGGAUCUUUUUCAGACUGGUUCACAAAUUGGUAGAACACGGUGCAGACGUGAAUAUGAAGAACGGUAGUGGGAAAGACAGGUGUGCAAGCACACACAGUAUUAUGUACCUUGCCUUUGCAAAUAGACUUCUACUGUAUUUGCUCACAUUUACAGUACAAAUGUUGUGGAUAAAUGAAGAAUGGGUUUGUGAUUGACCUCCACCACCAUUUCCUGUGUCCAUGUCAGUCUGAUGCUGGCAUGUUUCUUUGGCCACCUGGACAUAGUGAAGUACCUGAGGAGAUUUGGGGCCACGUGGCAGUCCCAGGACAUGGGGGGCUGUACCCCCCUCCACUGGGCAGCUGACGGAGGACACCUGGCUGUCAUAGCCUACAUGAUCCAGGAUGGCUGUGAGGUAAGACUGGUGUCAGCGUUUAUGAGCUUUAUAAGCUGGCUGCGUCUGAAAUUGCACUCUAUUCCCUACUGUACAUGUAAAGUGCACUACUUUUAACCAGAGCCUUAGUUUAACUAUCAAAGGGGAAGACUAAAGGGGGUGAAAGAGUUAUAAUUUUGAGGAUAAAAGGCACGUUGAUUGUUGUCUCAGUUGGACGUUAGGGACACCGUGUCCCACUGGACUCCUCUGAUGAGGGUGUCAGCGGUCAGUGGGAACCCAGCGGUGGCCUCUCUCCUCAUCAGAGCCGGGGCUGAUGUUAACACCAGGGACAAGGAUGGGAAGACACCACUUAUGGUACACUUAACACUCUUCACAAACCUUUGUUGUGCCAUUCAUGGUGCAAACUCAGCGAAAGUUGAUAGAGGACAAGGCUAGCAGUCAAUAUAACCAGUGUGUUUGCUAGGUGGCAGUGUUGAACAACCAUGAGGAGCUGGUGCAGCUGUUGUUGGACAGUGGGGCCGACCACGAUGUGAAGAACGAGGUAAUGACAACUUGCGGCAUAGGAAUCUGUUGCAAUUAGAGCAAUUUAAAUCAUUCUGGAAUUGACUGAUAUUUUUGUCUUUGCAGUUUGGGUCAGGGGCAGCUGAAAUGGCAAAGGCCUUUGGAAGAGAGGUAAUGUAUUUCUACAUAAACAUUACUGUUGUGUUGUAUACUACUGUUAUAGUGAAUAUAUGAGCAAAUGUUGUUGAUUAUAAUGUUUCCCCCUACAGAAUAUCAUCAGUUUAUUAGAAGGACGGAAGAGUAUAGUCAGAGAUGGUAUAGUCCAUUAUUAA